UCGGACAUUGGUAGGAGGGUGGGGGAUAGGGAAAGGGUCGGGGGUCAGUGACAGGGCACUGUCGGUAAAAAAAAAAUACGGUUGGGUCCUUCAAAGGAUAAAUAAGCUUCACCCUUCGCUCAUUGAGACAUUUGUGAUUGCUAUUGACUUACACUUUCUGUGACAUGUAAGGCUUAUAUACUACUUAUGUACUACUUAUACUAGUCUAUACUAGUAUAUAUAAGUUGUAUAUACUACUUAUAUACUACUUGUCAAUUCACUGUUAUUUUCCAGGUGACCAGACGCAUGAUCCAAGCGCAUGCGUACAGUCCAAGCGUAGGUCCACCGCCCAAGCGUGGAUUAAGCCAACAUGGGGAAAAGAAAGGGACGCCCAGGAAGGCUGAUCGCCAGAAAAAGACCCCGGAGGAGUGUUGAGGAAGUAUUUUUCGUCGAGGACGUUCUAGAGUUUAACGAGGCCACGGAUAUGUAUCGGGUGAAAUGGCAAGGCACUCCGUCCGGAUGGUUCCGAGGCUGCCACCGUGUCGGAGACCGGUAGCCUCGCAGGGGGCCACCAGUCCGGCGCGCAGUCGGACGCCCAGUCGGACGCCCAGUCGGACGCCCAGUCCGACGAUCUGUCUGACGCCCAGCCCGACGAUCAGUCUGGCGCCCAGUCCGCCGUCCUCACGAGGAUGAUGACGCUGCCAGGACCGGUGGCUAUGCCGACGUCUCGUCCGGAUGGUUCCGAGGCUGCCACCGUGUCGGAGACCGGUAGCCUCGCAGGGGGCCACCAGUCCGGCGCGCAGUCGGACGCCCAGUCGGACGCCCAGUCCGACGAUCUGUCUGACGCCCAGCCCGUCGAUCUGUCUGACGCCCAGUCCGUCGUCCUCACGAGGAUGAUGACGCUGCAAGGACCGGUGGCUAUGCCGACGUCUCGUCCGGAUGGUUCCGAGGCUGCCACCGUGUCGGAGACCGGUAGCCUCGCAGGGGGCCACCAGUCCGGCGUGCAGUCGGACGCCCAGUCCGACGAUCUGUCUGACGCCCAGCCCGACGAUCAGUCUGGCGCCCAGUCCGUCGUCCUCACGAGGAUGAUGACGCUGCCAGGACCGGUGGCUAUGCCGACGUCUCGUCCGGAUGGUUCCGAGGCUGCCACCGUGUCGGAGACCGGUAGCCUCGCAGGGGGCCACCAGUCCGGCGUGCAGUCGGACGCCCAGUCGGACGCCCAGUCCGACGAUCUGUCUGACGCCCAGCCCGACGAUCAGUCUGGCGCCCAGUCCGUCGUCCUCACGAGGAUGAUGACGCUGCAAGGACCGGUGGCUAUGCCGACGUCUCGAGGUCGCCAACCGAAGCCGUCAGCUAUGGUGAAGCCCGUUUAUCGCAAACCUGAACAAGCUGUGGCUCGUCCGGCUCGUCAGCUAUCGCUGAAGAGCCGGACCUAAAACAGCGGACUUGGAAGGAUGUAAAGUACCAGGUCCACAAUAUGAUUACGACCCGCCAGAGACGGGCGCUCAGAUAGGUGAAAAGGGCUUCACCAGUCCGGCGCCCAGUCCGGUGCCCGGUCCGGCGCCCAGUCCGGCGCCCAGUUCGGCGCCCAGUCCGGCCUUCACCGUUUUUGUGGCAAAUACAGCAUCUGUCCUUU